GUGUGGGACCUUUUCAGGAAAUGCAUCUCAGAUGUCAUCUGUUUGUUGUUUGAACCUGUAACAUGGGCUUGUAGUCUGAGGGAGAGUUAUGUUUAAUUUAAAGUUUCUGCAGAAAAACAAAACGGUGAAAUAUGGAAUCCCUAUGCUUUUGCUGGUAAUUGGUGGUUCCUUUGGCUUGAGGGAGUUCACACAAAUCCGGUAUGAUUCCCAGAAGAUCAGAAAAAGGUUGGAUCCUUCACUGGAGGCUAAAGUGAACAUCCAGAGGCAGCCGGUCAUACUGGAAGAAGAGUAUGAGAGGCUAAAGGAGAUGAAUUUGGACGAAUGGAAGAACAUCCGUGGCCCUCGUCCCUGGGAGGACUCCAGGGAGUACCAGGAGCAGCAGCGCAGGAAGCUGAGCAAUAAAGACUGAGACUGGAGGACAUCAGGCUGAGCAGGCUGCACAUUGACACACACACAAAUACACACCGUGAACAUUACAAGAAUGAACUGUGGAGAGACCUGAGAUUCAGUUAUGGUAGUCUCUGCAGCUUCAGGGCCUGGACUCUUUUGUCUUUGCUUGUGCAGGAAUUCAGACUUGGGGAAUAUACAUUAAUAGGCGAUAAUGGUUUCUUCUGGUUGUAACACGUUCACAGCUAUUAGUCAGACUGAUGUAUCAUCAGGACCAUUUCUGCUGUUCACAGAUAAAUUCAUGUGUUGUCCAAUAUUAAGUAAUAUUAUUAUUAUUAUUAUUAUUAUUAAUUUUCAGACAUAUUGCAGUCAUAAUACACAUGCUGUCUCCAUUGUUUUCAGCACGUGGAGCAGAGUAGGCUUCACACCUGAAUACGUGGUGGUGCAGAGUCAAGCGGUGUUUUCUGAUUUGCUGGGAAGUUGAUAAACAAUGACUUUAUCAUCAUUUUUUUACUCCCAAAAUACCAGCAUUGUGAUUGGCUCAAGCUGUCCAUUACUACUAUUAUUAUGCCAUAGAAGCAAAACUGGUGUUGUAAUUUAAAAAAAAGUUGAUACUUAUAAUUUUAUGCACAAAUAUAAAUCAGGUGUCACCUGUCUCAGCCAGCAGGUGGCCCAUCUGUGUCCUGCUGCAUCUUCCACAAAGAAAGGAUUAUAUAUCCAUGUAUGAUUUACAUGACUCAAUAAAUUAUUGUUGUUUAUCCACA